AUGGACGCCGGACCCGGAAGUGCCGACAACGGCAAACGGAGCCAUCCGCCCCGCUGGAAUGGCGAACCGGGCCGCCCCGGCUGCUCCUCUGCUCUGCUCUCUCCUCCGCGCUUCUCGUCUCUUCGGCACCGUAAGAUCACCUUCGACAGGGCCAGCGGUCUGGUGGAGGUUCUGUUCGACCAGCUCUCUGCGGAGGACGAGGGCUCGUACACGGCGCAGCUGAAGGACGGCCGCGCCAAGAACCAGUUCACUUUGGUCUUUGUGGAUGAAAAGUUUCGUGAGACGCUGGCCCUGGUUCAGAAAAACCGGCGUGACCAUAAGAGAAAGUCUGGACCGUAUUUCGAGGAAGACUUGUCGUGGAGUGUAAAUGAGGAUUGUGAACUGGUUAUAAAGUGCAAGGUGACCAAUACACACAAGGACACCUCAGUGAAGUGGUUUAAAGAAGGCGUGGCGGUGACGCGAGUCGUGUACGACCAGUCAUCAGGAGUCAGCACUCUCACCAUCCCACAGGUCACAAAGAAAGAGGCAGGUUCCUACAGAGCGGUGGUGACAGAUGGGAGAGGAGAGGAUGUCAGCACCUUAGAGUUACUGGAUGACGAGUAUGACAAGCUUCUCCAGCAGCUGAGCAAACAGUGCGAAACACCCCGAGAAUGGCACUGCCUCGGCCAUAUCCUGGUCCCCCAAACACUCGAAGCAGAGGUGGUGGGGAUCGGCACCCGCUAUUUAAGCCAGGGCACGAAGGACAGGCCCGGGUCUCUUGAAGUGGCGACUCCAUGA